UGAGUGCAAAGCACAGCUUCCUCUCCGCUCAUCCGAUGCGCGUCUGCGGGCAGAUGGGAGCAGAUAUGAGGGGGACUGUGGCUCCUCGUUAUUCUGUCUGACGGGAAUCCUCGUCCUCAGCAUGUGGUCUUUUCGGAACCGAGCGCGGACGGUUCGGACGUGGAGACAAAACUUUUUCACAGUUUCAGCUACUUUGCGCUCCAAAGGGGCUUCGAUGGCGUUGCUCAUUCAGGGAAGAUGCGGAGAACUGCAUCAACACAGCUUUGCACGGCUGCUCGGCUCAAACAGGCCUCUGAAAGGUUUUGAAAAGUUGUUCCCGAAGAGAAAGGAAGGAACUGGCAGCCGAACAUCAGCAGAAAAUAAAAGAAGUAGAGAGCAAGACUCACUUCGAACCAAAAGGCGUGAAGGGAAUGAUGGCAGGGGUGAAAGAGGAGGAGGAGAAAAGGAGAGAUCUCAGUGGUGGAAACGAUUCAAGAAAGAUUUUGCCUUUGAUGAAAGGACUGUGCAGAACUUUGCUCUCGGCGCUGCGGGCAUGACCACGGCCUUUUUGUACUUCCACUUCAGGGAAACUGGAGUCCAGAUCUCCUGGCAGGAUUUUGUUCUGUAUCUGAGCAAAGGCGUGGUUGGUCGUGUAGCGGUGGUCAAUAAACAGUAUGUCAAAGUGUUUCCGGCCGAUGGAGUGAACUCAUCAGAAGUGGAUUAUUUGUGGUUUAACAUUGGCAGCGUGGCCUCAUUUGAACACAAGUUGGAGAUGGUUCAGGAGGAAAUGGGCCUGGACUCCACACAGAAAGUACCCGUCCUCUACACUAGUGAAAGUGACGGGACGAUGGUUUUAAGUGUUCUCCCUACGUUCCUCUUGGCUGGCUUCUUACUAUUUGCAAAGCGACAGGGGCCCAUAGCCGGGGCACACGGCGGCAGUUUGAAAGGAAAUCCAUUCAGCAUGAAAGCAUCUAAAGCAAAGAUAAUUAAAGACUUUGGAAAUGUUUGCUUUAAGGAUGUGGCAGGCUGCGAAGAGGCCAAACUAGAGAUCUUGGAGUUUGUGAAUUUUCUGAAAAACCCAAAUCAGUACCGGGAGUUGGGAGCCAAGAUCCCAAAGGGUGCGCUAUUAUCUGGAUCCCCUGGUACUGGGAAGACGUUGCUGGCGAAGGCCACAGCAGGGGAGGCCAAUGUCCCCUUCAUCACAGUUAAUGGCUCCGAGUUUCAGGAAGUUUUUGCUGGGGUGGGCCCUGCAAGGAUGAGAGAUGUGUUUGCCAUGGCCCGCAAGAUGGCCCCCUGCAUUGUUUUUAUCGAUGAGAUCGAUGCGGUCGGCAGGAAAAGAGGCAGCGGGAGCUUUGGCUGGCAGAGCGAGCAGGAAAACACUCUGAACCAGCUGCUUGUGGAAAUGGAUGGAUUCAACAGCAGCACCGACAUUGUCGUGCUAGCCGGCACUAAUCGAGCUGAUAUCUUAGAUCCGGCUCUGCUGAGACCCGGCCGCUUUGAUCGACAUGUAUAUUUGGGCCUGCCUGAUAUAAAAGGCAGAGCAUCCAUCUUCAAAGUGCAUCUGAGACCUCUGAAGUUGGAGCCUUGCUUAAACCUAGAAGCGUUGUCCAGGAAGUUAGCUGCACAGACCCCGGGUUUCACAGGGGCUGAAAUUGCCAAUGUUUGUAAUGAAGCUGCACUGAGAGCUGCACGUCAUGUCAGCCAGUGCAUCAGUGCUGAGCACUUUGAGCAGGCUGUGGAGAGGGUCAUUGGAGGUCUGGAUAAAAACACUCAGCCGUUACAGCUUCUAGAAAAGACAACCGUGGCGUAUCACAGGGCUGGUCAUGCCGUAGCAGGAUGGUUCCUGGAGCAUGCAGAACCACUGCUUAAGGUUUCCAUUGCACCUCGAGGGAGAGGUUUGGGUUAUGCACAGUAUUUAUCUAAGGAGCUGCACCUGCUGAACCAGGACCAGCUGUUCGACAGGAUGUGCAUGAUGUUAGGAGGACGCGUGGCCGAGCAGGUUUUUUUUCGACGAGUCAGCACCGGGUCUCAAGACGACCUCAGGAAAGUCACACAGACGGCGUACGAGCAGGUUGUUCAGUUCGGAAUGAACAAGGCUGUGGGUCAUGUUUCUUUUGACCUCCACCUUCAGCAAAACGCCGUCACAGAGAAGCCCUACAGUGAGUCAGCAGCGCAGCUCAUAGAUCAGGAGGUCCGCUCGCUUGUAGACGUCGCCUUCCAGCGAACACUUCAGCUUGUUGUCGACAAGAAGGAGAUGGUGGAAAAGGUGGCGAAGCGUCUGCUAGAAAAAGAGAUUCUGGACAGAACGGACAUGGUGGAGCUCCUUGGACCUCGGCCUUUUCAAGAGAACGGCUCAUAUGAGGAGCUUUGUGAAGCAUUAGAAUAUGAAGAGGAAACUCCACAACCUGAAGGACUAAAGUGUGGAGAGGAUGAAAAACAGAACAAAUCGCCUUUUCACAUGCUUCAUUAACAAAUUUACUGCACCUUUCAGAAAUAUUAGUAUCCCCUGAACUUAACAUUUUGUCACAUUACAACCACAUCCAUCCAUCCAUCCAUCCAUCCAUCCAUCCAUCCAUCCAUCCAUCCAUCCAUCCAUCCAUCCAUCCAUCCAUCCAUCCAUAUUUGAUGGGGAUUUAUGUUAUACACCACUAUAAAGCAAGGGAGUUUUUUUUUCUUUUUUACAAAUCUCCAAAAAGGGCUGAUGUUUUCACCAUGACUCAAACAUUUCUAGAACCAAAUCUACAUGAAAUAUUUGCCUUGAUUGCAAAAUGUUUCAGUUUCUGCAAAAGUGUAUGGAAGAGUGGAUGUGUAAUACUCAGAUCUUAUGAUAGAUUGCUAAAUUGAAUAUGAUCUCCCUUUGAUUAGCUCAUCACUCUGCUUUGAUCUAAACCAUUUGAUCUGAAUCAUUACAUUCAGCCUCUAGCAGGUUUUCUUCCAUCAUUACCCUGGAUUUAGCUACAUCCAUCCCCCAUCAACGCUGGCAACAGCUGCUUCUGCUGAGAAUUUGGUCUGCACUUUCUCUCAUUAGUUUUCAGUAAUGCCAUCUGCAUGAAGCUGCACCCUGAAAUUCAUUGAGUUUCCUUCAAAAAUGGCUUUUUUUUGACACUUUUUCUAUGAAAACCAGCAGCAUGGUCUUCAUAGAAAACUAUUGGACAGGUUGCAGUGUAAUACUCUUUUUAUUUUCAGACACUUGGUUUAACAGCAUUCUGUGACAUGUUUAUAGCUUAACACACUGUUUGAUAUUCUAACUACGCUUUAACCUUCUCCACUACUUUCUCCCAGUUUGGUCUGCUCUAUUUCUUGGUCUUCCUGAUGCUGUUUUUUCCAUUAAUGUUAAUGAUCUCUGAAGCCUCCAUGAAAUAGCUGCAGUUUUAUAGAUAUUAAAUGACACACAUGUUUUCUUUUUAGUAUUUAUAAUCCCUUGUUUUCAAUUGAUUAUUUAGCAUUGUCAGUGAAUACAAAUGCAUGCCACACUUUUUAGAAGCUAUAAAUUGUUUUUAUUCCCAACUCAGUAAUUUCAAUUCACUACUUUGUGCUGGUACAACAUGUAACAUUCCAAUAAAGAUGAAUUUGUGGCUGUAGCAGACUUUCUGUGCACCGUAAUGCCCAUUGACCCACUUUUCACUCAUUGUAAAAUUUGCUCUAUGGACAUAUGAAAGAAGUUAUUACUGUAACUUGAUCAUCUCCUUCAUGAAAUAUAGACAAAUUAAUGUCCUUUACUCCAUUUUUAUUUAUCAGAAAAUACAUUUUUUAAAUUAGGAUUUUAGAAGAUUUGUUUUAUUUUGUUUCAUGACGUUAAAAAAUGCCUUCACCGUCAUGUUUUCCAUAACUUUAAAGCCAGGCAGACGUUUCAGAUGCAAAUAUUUCUGUAACCACCUAUGUGAGCAAGACAAGCUCUUUUAAUUCAUGGACACGAAAACCACUGUAUGACUUUAUAUUGUCUGUAAAUGACAUUAGCUCAAUGUUUAUGUUUUCUGUUCCUGCUCAGAACAAAUGGGUUUAUAACAUUUGUUCAAAAUUUGCAAAAUACGACACUUUUUAAAAUGUUUUUUUUUAAUUAGAAAUGAGAAUGAAUGACAUAUCCAUAAUUAUUUGCAGAAACUGAGUCUUAGUAGUCUUAAAAAUUAUUGAAAUAGAAAUUAAUUAAACAUUUUUUAACUCAUCCUGUGGGUAAACCUGUUGCAGACACCAAAUUGGCUUCUCUUUGCAAUGUUAUUAAUUUUAUACAUUUUAAUUUACAUUUAUACAAUUUCUUUCAAAAAAGAAGGGUGUUUGCUGGAUAUGAAAAUGACAAUACAAAACUUAAAAGGAGCCACAAUUUUAUUGAAUCAUCAACCGUCCUCUAGCAUCACAUUUGAUCCACAGCAUUCAGUUAUUGACAGUCCUCCUAUAGGCAGGCUGAACAUGAACCAAGCAAUCUGUUAUCCAUUCACUGACAGUAAAGAAAUAUCUUGAGUUAAUUUUACUAUUAAAACAAAUGUUGGCACUUUGUUGUGUUUUUCAUUUUUGGCAUCCACACAAAUUAUGAUGACCUUUGCUUUGAAUUUAUUUUCAUUUCAAGUUCUGCUCAUUUGCAUCCCUGCAGCAUCGACUGUGGCAGCCACACAUUUUUCUAAGGGUUGGAGGGAGGGAAUCGGUAGCAAACAAGAAAAAAAAA